GCCUAUCCACGCUGGAGGAGGGAUCUUUAGGUUAGGUUAUGCGAAGUUAUGUAUUUGUUACUGUUUUUUUAACUAACCGAAAAUCAAUGAUCCUCGUGCAGAAAUAGGUGACACUAAAAGACGCGAGACUGUCAAUGUCUUAUUAGCUCGUGAUUCUUGUUAGUUUGUAUUCUUCAUUUAAUUUUGCAGAAGGGGUAAUAUAUUUCAUAUAUAUAUACAUCAAGUGAUAGAAUUGUUUUCUAUUAAAUAUGUUGCCCGUAUAUAUGGUAUCAAAAUAUAAUAUAAGACCUUUGAAUGGAGUAUUAUUUCAAUGGCUAAACAUCAGUGUGAGAUUUUGUUCCUCAUCGGACUCCUCAGAUUCCUCAGAUUCUGAUUCUGAUACUGAGAAAGUGAAACGGGGGGAAACUUUCUUUAAGAGCGCAAAGCCUGCAACAUCAGAUAAUAAAACUGAUUUAGGAAGCUUUUUAAACAAGAUGAUACAAGAUAAAGUAAUUUUAAAAGCAACUAAAAAUACUCCCAUAAGUUCUUCGAUGCAAGUGGAGCAAGAAGAUGCAAAAACAAAAGCAACCAAUGAAAGCGAUUUAACUGAAUUUAUGAAUAACAUGUUAAAGGCAAGGAAGUUAGAGAAGACUAUCGAUGUUGCCAUACAGCCUAGGAAAAGUGCACCAAAGAAAGUAAAGCCUUUGUCUUACGAGAAGAAAUUAAUAAGAGCGGCUGAAGAUGUGGCUGACAAACUUGGCGGAGAUAAAGCAAAGACUACGUCAGAUUUGCUUCAGAAAGUUCUUCAAUAUAAAACUGAAGCAGAGAAAAAAGACGAGCGAUUGACGACAGGCACGGAUCAGUACAAAGCUAAGGCAGAGAAAAAGGACGAACAAGUGACAAGAAAAAAAGAUAGCACCAAAUCCGACAUAGAUCCUAUGGAAUUCAUAAAAUCGAAGUACUUUGAAAAACCCAAUCUGGCAAAGAAUGAGAAACGAGAAAGUUCCAUGAGCGAGAGACACUCGAAAAGUAAAUCUGUUAUACAAACCCUCCUGCAUGAAUAUAACAAACAAGUGGAAACUAGAAAUGUAACGCGGCAAUUAUCGAAAAAUGAUGUGCCCGUGCAGCAAUCGAGGAAGAAUGAACAGAGGAAGCCUUUCACCAGGCAAGAUCUCAACAUUUGGAACGGAGCGCCCAGUCAGGCCUUUGAAAAUAUGGGCGACGCUUCGCCGGACAUACCAGAAUUGAAAAUGUGGGCAGCGUUAGAGCAGAGAGAGCUGAAAGCGCUCACGACUUAUUCACCUGCCAACGUUUUCCAAGAAAUGAUUCUUUGGACGGAGCAAGGGAAAUUAUGGAAAUUUCCGAUCGACAAUGAACAAGGAAUGGAGGAGGAGCAGAAUGUUCACUUCUCCGAGCAUGUCUUCACGGAGCGUUACUUGAAAGGAUGGUGUCCCACGGCGGGUCCCAUACGUCACUUCAUGGAGCUGGUGUGUGUCGGACUUUCGAAAAAUCCGUACAUGACGGUUCAAGAAAAAAUCAACCACAUUAUGUGGUACAAAGAUUACUUUAAAUCUAAGGAAGAGCUACUGCAAGAGUUAGGAGCGAUCAAGGAGCCAUUUUCUGACACGACGAAACAGAUUACACAGUAAUGGAGUAAAAUAUACGAUAAAAUAAUUGUAUAGAAUAUAUUUAGAUGCUCUGCAAUUUUCAAGUUUCGAUGUAAAGAGAAUCCUUGUAUAUCCUUACAGACGCAUUUGAAGAAAUAAAAUAUGUUGUAAACAGGUU